CCGCUGGUGUUCCAUGGAAAGCUGCCCGGGCCUGGAAGGCGCCUUUGAGGCGCCGGAACCUUUGGUUCCAGGCCGUGGACCGCGCCGGCAGCGCCUGGGGCCUUCCGGGGAGAGGAGAGAGGAGCGAACGCGCGGCGAUGGCGGCGGCGCCGUCCCUGAAGCACUGGCGCACUACGCUGGAGCGAGUGGAGAAAUUCGUGUCGCCGCUCUACUUUACCGAUUGUAAUCUCCGCGGCAGGCUCUUCGGAGACAGCUGCCCAGUGGCCGAGCUCUCCAGCUUCUUGACGCCCGAAAGACUUCCCUACCAGGAGGCAGUCCAGCAGGACUUCCGCCCCGCGCAGGUCGGCGACAGCUUCGGACCCACAUGGUGGACCUGUUGGUUUCGUGUAGAGCUGACCAUCCCAGAGGCAUGGGUAGGUCAGGAAGUUCACCUUCGCUGGGAAAGUGAUGGAGAAGGCCUGGUGUGGCGCGAUGGGGAACCUGUCCAGGGUUUGACCAAAGAGGGAGAGAAAACCAGCUACAUUCUGACUGACAAGCUAGGGGAGAAAGACCCCCGGAGCCUGACCCUCUAUGUGGAAGUAGCCUGCAGUGGGCUCCUGGGGGCCGGAAAGGGAUCCAUGAUCGCAGCCCCUGAUCCAGAGAAGAUGUUCCAGGUGAGCCGGGCUGAGCUGGCCGUAUUCCACCGGGAUGUCUACAAGCUCCUGGUGGACCUGGAGCUCCUGCUGGGGAUCGCCAAGGGCCUCGGGGAGGACAACCAGCGCAGCUUCCAGGCCCUAUACACUGCCAACCAGAUGGUGAAUGUAUGUGACCCUGCCCAGCCUGAGACCUUCCCAGUGGCCCAGGCCCUGGCCUCCAAGUUCUUUGGCCAACGUGGGGGUGAAAGCCAGCAUACCAUCCACGCCAUGGGGCACUGCCACAUUGACACAGCCUGGCUCUGGCCCUUCAAGGAGACCGUGCGGAAAUGUGCCCGAAGCUGGGUGACAGUCGUUCAGCUCAUGGAGCGGAACCCCGAGUUCAUCUUUGCCUGCUCCCAGGCGCAGCAGCUCGAGUGGGUAAGGAGCCACUACCCUGGCCUGCAUGCCCGGCUCCAGGAGUUCGCCUGCCGCGGGCAGUUUGUGCCCGUGGGGGGCACCUGGGUGGAAAUGGAUGGGAACCUUCCCAGUGGAGAGUCCAUGGUGAGGCAGUUCCUGCAGGGUCAGAACUUCUUCCGUCAGGAGUUCGGGAAGAUGUGCUCAGAGUUCUGGCUGCCAGACACAUUCGGCUACUCCGCGCAGCUGCCCCAGAUCAUGCGUAGCUGUGGCAUCAAGCGCUUCCUCACCCAAAAGCUGAGCUGGAACUUGGUGAACUCCUUCCCGCACCAUACCUUUUUCUGGGAGGGGCUGGAUGGCUCCCAGGUGCUGGCCCACUUCCCGCCUGGUGACUCCUAUGGGAUGCAGGGCAGUGUAGAGGAGGUGCUGAAGACAGUGGCCAAAAACCGGGACAAGGGACGGACCAACCACAGCGCCUUUCUCUUUGGCUUUGGGGAUGGAGGUGGUGGCCCCACCCAGACCAUGGUGGACCGCUUGAAGCGGCUGUGCAAUACCGACGGGCUACCCAGGGUGCAGCUGUCCUCUCCGGAGCAACUCUUCUCAGCGCUGGAGGGCCACUCGGGGCAGCUGUGCACCUGGGUUGGGGAGCUCUUCCUGGAGCUACACAAUGGCACCUACACCACCCAUGCCCAGAUCAAGAAGGGGAACCGGGAGUGUGAGCGGAUCCUGCAUGACGUGGAGCUGCUCAGCAGCCUGGCCCUGGCCCGCAGUGCCCAGUUCCUCUACCCAGCUGCCCUGCUGCAGGAUCUCUGGAGGCUCCUGCUCCUGACCCAGUUCCAUGAUGUGGUGACUGGGAGCUGCAUCCAGCUGGUAGCAGAGGAAGCCAUGUGCCACUAUGAAGACAUCCGUUCCCAUGGCAACACACUGCUCAGUGCUGCAGCUGCAGCCCUGUGUGCUGGGGAGCCAGGUCCUGAGGGCCUUCUGAUUGUCAACACGCUGCCCUGGAAGCGCACUGAAGUGCUGGCUCUGCCCCGGCCUGGUGGGGCCCACUGCUUAGGUAUGAGCUGGGGAGAAGGGCUCCUCCCCAGCCCUGGUCACUGUCCCCGGCAUGGGCUAUGCUCCUGCCCCCACCCCCACCUCACCGCAGCCCCUGCUGCCCCAGCAGCCUGUGUUCGUAGUGCAAGAGCCCCUGCAGACCUAGCCUCAAGGCCCCCUCCCACCAAGACUGACGGUUCUGUGACUCUGGACAACGGCAUCAUCCGAGUGAGGCUGGACCCAACUGGCCGCCUGACAUCCCUGGUGCUGGUGGCCUCCGGCAGGGAGGCCAUUGCUGAGGGUGCCGUGGGGAACCAGUUUGUGCUGUUUGACGAUGUACCCCUGUACUGGGAUGCGUGGGACGUCAUGGACUACCACCUAGAAACACGGAAGCCAGUGCUGGGCCAGGCAGGGACCCUGGCAGUGGGCACUGAGGGUGGCGUGCGGGGCAGCGCCUGGUUCCUGCUGCAGAUCAGUCCUAAUAGUCGGCUCAGCCAGGAGGUUGUGCUGGACGUUGGCUGCCCCUAUGUCCGCUUCCACACUGAGGUGCACUGGCACGAGGCCCACAAGUUCCUGAAGGUGGAGUUCCCUGCCCGUGUGCGCAGCCCCCAGGCGACUUACGAGGUCCAGUUUGGACAUCUGCAGCGGCCCACCCACUACAACACCUCUUGGGACUGGGCUCGAUUUGAGGUGUGGGCCCACCGCUGGAUGGAUCUGUCAGAGCAUGGCUUUGGGCUGGCUCUGCUCAAUGACUGCAAGUAUGGCGCGUCAGUACGGGGCAACGUCCUCAGCCUCUCGCUCUUGCGGGCGCCUAAGUCCCCUGACGCCACCGUGGACAUGGGGCGGCACGAGUUCACCUACGCGCUGAUGCCGCACAAGGGCUCGUUCCAGGACGCUGGCGUUAUCCCCGCUGCUUACAGCCUCAACUUUCCCCUGCUGGCCCUGCCCGCCCCGGGCCCGGCGCCCGCCGCCGCCUGGAGUGCCUUCUCAGUUUCCUCGCCAGCGGUCGUGCUGGAGACAGUCAAGCAGGCGGAGACCAGCCCCCAGGGCCGCACGCUCCUGCUGCGGCUGUAUGAGGCCCACGGCAGUCACAGCGACUGCUGGCUGCACACGUCGCUGCCGGUUCAGGAGGCCGUCCUCUGUGACCUCCUGGAGCGCCGCGACCCUGCUGGCCCUUUGCUCCUCCGGGACAACCGCCUGAAGCUCGCCUUUACUCCUUUCCAAGUGCAGUCCUUGUUGCUUGUUCUGCAGCCCCCACCGAACUGAGUCCCUGAGGGUGGGGUUUUGUUUGUGGAAGGCUUUGGCAGCGCCUCAGUCCUGCCUCCUGAGCCUGAAGCAAGGGUCAGUUACCUCUUAAACAAUAAACCUUUGGCUCAGGAAACCUGCUGGUAGCCCCUGCUCAGUCCCCUCAGGGCCCAUCCUCAGGCUUUGAGGGGACAGUUUUUACCCCAGGUAUUUGGGGCAGGGGCAAGACCCAAGGUUAUCUGUGUAUGCAGCGUCUGGAUUGCAGUCCCCAUGAGAGAGACCCAGGAUACCGGUGACCGUAAGCUGACUAAAAGACCAUGAUACAA